GAUCAACACAGUCAGGGAUAUGUACCCACAGGCAGUAUUUGUAACACUCUUAGGCCUGGCCUCAGUCAUGGCCCAGGAUGACGCCUUCGAUUACAGCUCCUACAAGGCUCCGCCACCAGCCAUUCUUAUGCACAAACAGGCCCUACGACACGAUGGCGCCUUUAACUACGUAUUCGCAGCAGAUAACGGACUGAAACAGGGUGAGACCAUUGCUCCAGAUGGCACCAGACAAGGAGCGUACUCCUACGUCGAUCCAAAUGGACAGACCAUCUCAGUCAAGUACACAGCUGGCAAAGACGGCUUCAGGAUCCUGGAGGGUGCGCACAUCCCUAAACAACAAGCUGCUCCACAAGGGCCUCCUCAAGGACCUCCACAAUAUGUGUCCCCAACCCCUCAAUACAGCCCACAAGCCAGGAGCCAAUUCACCCCCCUUCGGCCACAGGAACCUUCAUCCUAUGAAGAAGAUGGUCCAGCACCAACUCCCCUCCUCAGGCCACAACCCAUUCCAACCUUCAGGUCCCAGAUCAAACCAGUCCAGGAGUACGUACCCAGACCAGAGGAUGAGCACAAGGGACCUCAUUCCUUUGGAUCAGGAUACUCUUUCGAAUUUGGAGGUGAAGUUAACAUUGGAAACUCUCAUCAUCUAUGAUUAUAUGAUAAUUAAUAAUUGUCCACAAGUGAUAUUUGAUUAUAGAAACCACUUGAGGAAAAGAGUACUGAAAAUUCUACUGAUCUUUGGCUACUGAGUUGGCUAAAUAUUCUGUUCUUCUCAAUCUGUUACCUCUAGGUUCUUUGUAUAGUUAUAAAUGAUAACAGUCAAGUGAAAUUAAUUCUAUGAGAAAUGCUUUUAUGAAUUUUAACUGAGUAGGUGAGGGUUUAGGAAAAUACUUUGGUAAAAUGUUUGUAGAGGAAAAUCACUUGUUGAUGUCGUAGUGAUUACAAUGCUCAAUGUUGAAAGUACUAGUGCUUAAGAUAAUGAUUAUUUAAACUAAUUCAUUAUGUGUAACAAUGAUUACGAAUUGGUUUUAUUCACAACUAUUUUAUAUUUAUAUUAUGGUUUUAUUUUAAUUCAAGAAUUUAAUUGUACAUACUAAUUUAAUGAAAAAUGUUUAGGUCAAAUUUUUGUAGAC